AUGGGUUCAAGUUCAAUGGAAACAAACAAAGUGAAAUUGGAAAACACAUUAGGAUUAAUUCGAAAUUGGCUUGAAAUUCCAAAAGAUGUGACAUCAAAUAUACUCAAAUUGCUUGGUGCUGUUGACCUAGUGAUGAAUGCACGUCUAGUGUGUCCUAUGUGGAGGGAAAUUUGUAGGGAUCCUCUCAUGUGGAAGAGCAUUGAAAUGAUCAAUGGUCUCCAUUCACCACAUAACUUGGAGAAGAUUUGUAUGUAUGCUGUUGAUCAAGGUGGUGAUCAUGUGGAAGAAAUUAAUGUUGAGUAUUUUGUUACUGAUGAUCUUAUCAGACGAUUAGCUGAAAGGUAA